AAGAACAGUGCAGCGACUCGGACGGGCUGCUGAAUAGUGAAUUGGAAAUCGAAGAAGAUGAUAGAGAACGAGUUGACUCACCAAAAGGAAAGAAGCAGAAAUCCAUUCCGAACAAAUUUAUAUAACCUAAGGGUUUAAUCUCAGGGGAAGCAAAUUAAAUUUGGGGAGAGACUCAUUUUCUUAUCUUUAAAAAAUGGGGCGAAAUGAUGUUUACUGGCGGGAACAAUAGCGGCAGGUAUAUUGUGAUUGAUUUGUAGUAGUGGCAAAUUACAAGUGAAAGCAGUGCUUAUAGAAGGUAAAAAAAGGGCAGAUGAAUUGAAUACAGAAGAAAGAGGAGAGAAAUAGUCUAGUGUCAACCAGCUAGUCAACACGUUACGUUUCCGUAUACAUUUCUCUGUUUCCUCCUUCAACAAAAGCUAGAAAAUAUAGUACGCCAAAUUUAACAUUCAAGUUCCCGAGCUAAUCUUCUGCCUUCCUCUUUCUCUCCCAAUUGUUCAAGCUCCAAUCUUUCCCUAGAAUUUCUUUCUUCUUUUUUAUUUCUAUUUCAGUUCAGAAAGUUCUUUCAUUUCAUGAUCUAGUUUCUACCAGGUUUCUGACUUUCCAUGACCAAAUCGAAGGAUUUCUUUCUAAAUCUAAUCAAACCUUUUAAGUUUAUCUCAAGCAAAGACAGGCGGAGUAGAGAUGACUUGGAGAAAAUAGCUCAACAAGAGCAAAAGCAUUUCCCUUUCGAGAUUUUAGUUGCUGCUACCAAAGAUUUCCACCCACAUCAGAAGCUGGGUGAAGGAGGUUUUGGACCUGUCUACAGGGGGAAACUAGAUGAUGGAAGAGAAGUUGCAGUGAAGAAGCUAUCUCAUAGCUCAAGACAGGGUAAAAAGGAGUUCGAGAAUGAGGCUAGGUUGCUAGCUCGUGUUCAGCAUCGCAAUGUUGUGAAUCUUCUUGGUUACUGUGUACAUGGAGCAGAAAAGCUUUUGGUAUAUGAGUACGUCACUAAUGAGAGUCUAGACAAGCUUCUUUUCAAAUCAAAUAGAAAAAUGGAGCUUGAUUGGAAGCGGAGGUAUGAAAUAAUUUCAGGUGUUGCACGGGGUUUGCUCUACCUUCAUGAAGACUCGCACAAUCGCAUCAUUCACCGGGAUAUCAAAGCAGGUAACAUAUUACUUGAUGAUAAAUGGGUCCCCAAAAUUGCUGAUUUUGGCAUGGCUCGCCUCUUCCCCGAGGAUCAAACACAUGUCAACACCCGUGUAGCUGGCACAAAUGGAUAUAUGGCACCGGAGUAUGUGAUGAAUGGACGUCUUUCAGUGAAGGCAGAUGUGUUCAGCUUUGGGGUUGUGGUUCUGGAGCUGAUAAGUGGCCAGAGAAACUCAUCCUUCAACUUAGAUGUGGAUGCUCAUAGUCUGCUUGAAUGGGCAUAUAAGCUUUACAAGAAAGGCAAAAGCUUGGAGUUCAUGGACCCUGUCUUAGCCUCGUCAGCAGUCCCUGAACAAGUAGCUAUGUGCAUCCAGAUAGGGUUACUGUGCACGCAAGGCGAUCCGCAAUUACGACCUGACAUGCGCCGUGUAGUUAUUUUGCUGUCAAAGAGACCUGGCAGUCUAGAAGAGCCAACAAGACCCGGAGCUCCGGGUGCUCGACACCGAAGAUCCCACAGGCCUCCUGGGUUCUCAUCCACUGCUGGAACAUCGGGUGUUUCGGAUUCCCAUUCAUCUGAAUCAUCCUUUAAUACUUAUACUGCUUCUGCAUCUGCUUCUACAUCAGCUCUUGCAAGCCCCUUGAAAUCAGAUCGGCAUGGGAAGCGCCCAAUUCAGAGUUAAAAGUUUUGCUGCAGAUUUUGGGCUCUAUUUAUUCUUUGUAUAUUAUAGAUGGGUUAAUAAUUUUUGUAGGUACAUGUUAAUGGAGGAUUAGUUGGCAAAAGUAAGGGUGUAUAGUUUUGUUACUAGGUGUUUUUUUUUUUUUCAAGUUUAAUAUUUUAGAAGUUCAAACCAUGCACAUGUCUG